CGCCUGGGCUGUGGAGCCGGCGAGGCUGACGCGGCUCUGGGUGGGGUGGCGGCGAGGCGAGGCGAGGCGAGGGGGGCGGCGGGAUCCGGAGGCGGCGGCGGCGAAUUGCUUAUAAUAAAUGGCGCCCAAGCAGGACCCGAAGCCGAAAUUCCAGGAGGGUGAGCGAGUGCUGUGUUUCCAUGGGCCUCUUCUUUAUGAAGCAAAGUGUGUAAAGGUUGCCAUAAAGGACAAACAAGUGAAAUACUUUAUACAUUACAGUGGUUGGAAUAAAAACUGGGAUGAAUGGGUUCCAGAAAGCAGAGUGCUCAAGUAUGUGGACACCAAUCUGCAGAAACAGCGAGAACUUCAAAAAGCUAAUCAGGAGCAGUAUGCAGAGGGAAAGAUGAGAGGGGCUGCCCCAGGAAAGAAGACAUCUGGACUUCAACAGAAAAAUGUCGAAGUCAAAACAAAAAAGAACAAACAGAAAGCUCCUGGGAAUGGAGAUGGUGGCAGUACCAGUGAAACACCUCAGCCUCCUCGGAAGAAAAGAGCCCGAGUAGAUCCUACAGUUGAAAAUGAGGAGACUUUUAUGAACAGAGUUGAAGUUAAAGUAAAAAUUCCUGAAGAACUAAAACCAUGGCUGGUUGAUGACUGGGAUUUAAUUACUCGACAGAAACAGCUCUUCUAUCUCCCUGCCAAAAAAAAUGUGGAUUCCAUUCUAGAGGAUUAUGCAAAUUAUAAGAAAUCUCGUGGAAAUACAGAUAAUAAGGAGUAUGCUGUCAAUGAAGUUGUGGCAGGGAUAAAAGAGUACUUCAAUGUGAUGUUGGGCACUCAGCUUUUGUACAAAUUUGAAAGACCACAAUAUGCUGAAAUCCUGGCAGACCAUCCUGAUGCCCCCAUGUCCCAGGUGUAUGGCGCACCACACCUGCUGAGAUUGUUUGUAAGAAUUGGAGCAAUGUUGGCCUAUACACCUCUGGAUGAGAAGAGUCUUGCAUUAUUACUGAAUUACCUUCAUGAUUUUCUAAAGUACUUGGCGAAGAAUUCUGCAACUCUGUUUAGUGCCAGUGAUUAUGAAGUGGCGCCUCCUGAGUACCACCGGAAAGCAGUGUGAGGCGCAGACACUCACUCGAGUUGUUUGGGAUUUCUGUAACACACUUCUGUUCUUAGUCCUCUUGUACACUUGUAUUUUGAAAACGUAUAACAAAAUUGAUGUUUGUUUUCUGUUUGAGUUUAAACUCAGAAAUUAAAAGGGGUCCUGGCUCC